CCUGGGGACUGCAAGGUAGCACUUUUGCAGGGGGAGGCAGGGGAGGUGGGCUACCUGGUCCUGAAAAUUCCCUGUGACAUUCCAGGUUUUGGGGUUGGGAUCACUUGUGGAGGAUAGGCCCUCCACGCUGCCAUUACUGUCUGGGCACCUGGGAAAUGUGUGACCUUCUUGCAUUUAGUUAAGUCUUGGGGACUCUGACUUAUGCUUGGAGUGAGAAUUGGCCCCAGGCUUCUGGCUUCCCCUUCCCCAUGGUUGCAAACUCCUGCUUCUGUGGCUGAGGGUGAGCACACUCUUGACAGUUCCUAGUGACUCAGACCAAUUGGGAUAAGCAUAAAAACCGGAUGUGUGCUCAGGUUGGGGGGUGGGCAACUAGAAGGGAAGGUCACUGGAUUCCUGGGCUCUAGUGCCCAGUCACCCCCAACCUGAACACAGGCAGGCGUGGUGCCCACAGAGCAGGCGCUGCUGAUCCUCCUGGGUGGUUGGUAGCCUCGGCCCCCCACCUGAGGAGGUGCUGUGGAGAAGAGCCCAGGUCGAUUGGGAGGCUGGGCUCAGGUGGAGCCAAGCCCCUCCCAGGAAGGCUCCUCCCCCCACCCCUGAGUAGGCGGGGAGCCGUCCCACAACCCCGCCCGCUCCUGGGAGGCAGGGGCAGGAGGAUCCCGACCCAGGGACCCAGACCUGUCUGCCGGCUCGGUCCCCGCCCGCCCCCCCCGGGACCCAUGGGGAACAGCCACUGCGUCCCUCAGACCCCCAGGAGGCUGCGGGCCUCCUUCUCCAGGAAACCCUCGCUGAAGGGAAAUAGAGAGGACGCCUCGAGGAAGCUGGCGGGCCUGUUCGGCUCCGAGGCUGGCCCCGACGGGGACGCCGCGGCAGACAAGAUCUUCUACUACAUCCCGGGGACGGACUUUCCAGGCCUGGAGAAUCAGCCAGAGAACUUGGAGCAGCCCAUCCUGAGUGUGUUCAAGAAGGGGCGGCGGAAGGUGCCCGUGAGGAACCUGGGCAAGGUGGUACACUAUGCCAAGGUCCAGCUGCGGUUCCAGCACAGCCAGGAUACCAGUGACUGCUACCUGGAGCUGUUCCCUUCCCACCUCUACUUCCAGGCUCACAGUUCUGCAGGACUCACAUUCCAGGGGCUGCUGCCGCUGGUGGAGUUGAGCAUCUGCCCCCUCGAGGAGACUGGAGAGCAUGGCUUCCAGAUCACAGGCCCACUGCCCGCCCCACUCCUCGUUCUCUGCCCCAGUGAAGAUGAGCUCCGCUGCUGGCUCUACCACUUGGAAAAGCAGAUGGCCCUGGUGGGGGGACUGCGGCGCUGCCACUCUGCGCCCCCGCAGGGCCCCUCAGGGGAUGAGCUCCCCUGGUCCCUGCAGCGCCGUCUGACCUGGCUGCGGAGGGCAUCUGGGCGUGAAUCUGUGGGCAGUGCCAUCUGUGCCUCAAGGGUCAAGCUGCAGCACCUGCCUUCACAGGAGCAGUGGGAUCGGCUCCUGGUCCUGUACCCCACAUCCCUGGCCAUCUUCUCUGAGGAACCAGAUGGGAUUGCCUUUAAGGGGGAGCUGCCACUCACUGCCAUCCACAUUGACCUGGAAGAGAAGCAGACCCGCUCAUUCCUGAUCUCAGGCCGACUCAUCCAUACCAUCCGGGUGCUGUGUGCCAGUCAUGAAGAUUACCGCCACUGGCUGCUCUGCCUCCAGAGGGUUUCCAGACAGGAUGGGGGCCCCCUGCUGCUCAACCCUGAGAGCUUCCCAGGCCUGCAGGGGCCCACACAGGUCACAGGUGGUGUCCGAGGCUCACUUUCCUCUGAUGGACGGACCAGCUGGGAUUCAGGGUGCCCAGCGCCCCCCUCCAACCGCACCAGCCACUCCCUCCCUGAGUCCUCAGUGCCGUCCACUGCAGGCUGCCCUGCUCCUGCCCAGCCUGCACCUGGCCAGCCCAAUUCUGAAUCUGACUGUGCCAGCAUUGGCCAACGGAGAGCAGAUCUGAGGCGCAGCAGUCGGUCGAGGGGCCAGGCCCGAGGGGAGCUGCCUGGUCCUGCCGUACCACCACACUUGCAUCUGGACCUGACCCAGGUGGGCAGGCUGGGCCUGGAGUGUGGCCCAGAGGCCCCAGAGCAGCCCCUGGAGGCACCACACUCCCCGCUGUAUGCUGAUCCCUACACCCCACCUGCCACUUCCCAUCGCAGGAUCGCAGACAUCAGGGGCCUGGAUGAGUUCCUCAGUGCAGUACGAAGCUCACCUGCACCAGAGCCUUCCAGCCCAUUCCCCUCGGUCCCUGUGUCUGUGCCUGUCUCUGACCCCUGCUCUGGACUCUCCAGCUCUCCUGGCCCCCCAGCUCCCCAUUUGGUGUCCAGGAAAGGAGCCCUGCAGUCCCGGGCUUCUCGGAGACACCGGGGUUCCAUCAAGAACCGGGGUCCACAGCCCCCAGAUUCCCCUCAGCUUGUCUCCCCUGCCAGGGAAGUGUCACCCAGCCCUCUGCCACCUCCCUCAGGUGAGUGGGGUUCCUGCCUCCCUGGGGGUAAGUACGAACCAGGAUGUAGCUUCCUGCAGGCUGAUGGGUCUCUGCCCUCCCUCCCAGAUGGUGACAAGACUUCAUCUUCCUCCCACCAGAAAUGGCCACGGCUCCGAAGGCUUGAGGCAGAGGGGGGGCUCAUCCAGUGGAUCUGAUGGCCCCUGGCCAGGGCUGCUUGUCAGAACCACAUUUGUCUGGUUCUGACCCUGGAGAGGGAUCUGCAGUCACCUAAUCUUUUGACCCAUGUCAAAUCCCCAGCGUGGGUCUGACCCCAGCAAGUCCAAGGAGUGUCCAGGACCUGAGGGCAGAUGGGUAGCAGCUGGAAUAGCUAAGAAUAGGCGCCUCAUCCCUGGGGACACCCUGGCUGCGUGGCUGACCACAACCCAGCCAGGGUCUUCAGGGAGGUGCUGAACAUCUGCAGAUGCCAUCUGCAGCUCUGCCCUCAGGGAGGGAACUUAACCUGGAGGUUGGGGGCCACAUGGAUGUGCAGGACAGAGGGCUAGGUCAGGUUGGCAGGGUCUGAGUGUGUGACGUUGGAGCAUGAGGCUCCUCGGUCUCAAGGUGUGAACCAGCACAGGCAUGAAGGUGUCCCUCAAAGUGGGCCGGGGUGGGGGUCAGUGCUGGGGUGUAUGGAUGGGGCUAGUCAGACACCGAUGCCAUGAACAAGGAAGAGAGAGGAGAUUUUAUUGGUGCUGUCUACCUGUGUCCUCCACCAAGGAACCAGGAAUCUCCCAGCAUCCUGAAGACCCUGUGCACACUGCCCUGGGCAGACCCCCUGCCACUGCUCUGCCACCUCCGGCCCCACUCACCUUCCCACCCCAUCUCUGACUCUCUCAGCCUUGACCUCCACACCAGCUGACCCAGGGGAGCAGGGACAAUUCCAAGCCAAGUCCUCAUGGGUGAGGCCACCAGGUUCUGCCUGAAUCCUCAUCCAGGUCUCCUCCGAGGAGCCAAGGUCCUGCCCCACAGACUCCCCACCACAGGGGCCGCAGCAACCACUGGAGGUGUCUGGGCAUCUGCCCAGGUCUGCCCACCACCACUACCUUGACCAUGUCCUUGGGGGCUCAGGGUUCAAGAGGCUCUUGUGAGCAGGGCAGAUGCCCUAGAACAUGCCCGUAGCUCCUAUGGCCCCUAGCAUCCCUGUCCUGACUCCACCCAAACCCAGCACUGCCUUGCCCCUCUCUGCCACUCCUAAUUCCAGUAUCUUCUCCUGCCACUUCCCCCCAACCUAUAACCAGAUGAAACACAAUGCCCAGUUAAGUUAGAUUUCAGAUCAUCAACAAUAAUUUCUUAGUGUAAAUUUAUCCCAAAUAUUGCAUGUCUGAAAUUCAAAUUUAACUGGAUGCCCUGUGCUUUUCAUUUGCUAAUUCAAUACCCUAUUAACUAGUUCCCUGCUCAGUCCCUACCCACCCAGAAUUCCAAAUUUCCUUCCUCCAAGGGGAGGGGAGCGGCCUCAGCCCCUGGCUGGGCCUCAGGUGGAGUCCAAGGGAGCCAGCCCCACAGACACUGGCUCCCUCCUGGACGCCCUGGAAGACAGGGGUCAGAGGGCAAGGAGGAGGGCAGCACCUCCUGGCACCAUGCUUGUCUCCUGUCCUGCGUCUUCGUGGUCCAGGUCUGGCUGCUAGGAGGUGGGACUUGGGCUGCGGCUACAGCUGCGGCUGGGACUGCGCCCUCGCCUCACACGCCUGCGGAAGUAGCGGAUGGCAGAGAUGGUGCCAAGGUUGGCCAGCAAGACUGAAAGAGAAGCACAAGGUCUCCUGGUGCCGGCUCCUGCCAGUCAUCCCCUUCUGGCCACAUGACUCAGUCCUCAGAGGGCAGGACAAGGCCAGGGGGACAGAGCAAUGGGGUGGAAGCCAGUUGGCAGGGGAGAAGCAGAGCUGGGGAGAACCUGUGCCUCCAGCGCACAUCUCCUCCCUCGGUGCACACCUCCUCCCUAGGGCCCAGGUGAGGCUGAACAAGGAAGCCCCUCCUUCUGACUCCUAGGCACAAGCUCCCUCUGCCCCCAGAGCCCCACACCUGUUUUCCAAGCGUCCGGGGUAUGUAGAUCUGAGGUUCUCACAGCCCAGGUGGCAAAAGCCACAAACACCAGACACAUGUCCUUCUGACUGAAGGGAGAGGAGGCCAGGGGACUGCAGAGCUCCCCUAGGAGAGAGAAGUACACCAGAGCUUGACUGCUGCACCCCGAGACACGCCUGCCAGGACACGUCCCCCCGACACAUCUGCCCUGGGCACGCCUGCCAGGACACGUCCACCCUGGGACAUGUGUACCUGCCUCACUCAGGCCCAAGUCAGAGCACCCCAGCACCCAUCCUGUUAGAGGUGAUUUAGAGAUGGGCUUUCCCGGCAUUUGGGCCUGGACUCAGGUCAGACCCCUGAAUGGCCGUGGUGCCUGGCCUCAGCCGCCCCAUGUGGACUCUGUCCUGGGAUUCCUGGAGCUUUCCCUGACCUCCCCACAGGUUCCCAAGGCCCCCCCACCCAGAGGCUGGUGACCCAAGAUCAUGCUCCCUCCCCACCCCCAUAGGCCUUCUGGCUGGGCUCCCUGGACAGUGUGUUCCCAGACCUGGAUGGACUUAGGGCCUAAGCAGAACGCACCUGCCCGCCUGACCGCCAGGCUGAGUUGUUCCGCUGUGGCUGGGCUGGGCUCAGGCGAGAUCCUGGGCCCCGCUUCCCCGGGGUGCUCUGAGGCCCGCAGCUGGAGAAGGGAUGGCAGCACACCCCCAAACCCAUCCUCCUCCAGGAAGUGUUCGUAGGCCUCAGGGAUAGAAAUGGGCACCGGGUCACCAGGGGGUGCCACUGGCACAGCCUCGACCCUCGGGAGCGGGGCUGCAGCUGGGGAACAGCACCCCCGAUGCUGGGGCAUCUGGCCCUGGAAAUCCCGGAAGAAGAACUCGCAUGUGUCCGGCCACUGGACUUCGCCUAGGGCCUGGCUGGCUUCCUCCUCUGCCACACUUUCGUCCUCCUCCUCAAUGGUGUCACAAAAGAAGAACUCAUAGGCCUCUGGGAGGGUUACUGCAUAGCUGCUGCCCAGUCCAGGCCUCACCGAAGCAGAAGGGGCAGGGGGCGGCAGGUGCUUGAGGAUCCGUGGCUGGGGGGGCCGGGGCCCGACUGCCACAGCGUUCCAGGCUGCAGACCCCUCAUGGCCCCCCAUUGCCAUUCUGAGGGCUGAGGGCCGGGGUGUGACUGGAGAGGGUGGGCCCUCGGCCCCUGCUGACCUUGGCUUCUCCGGUCUGGGCACUGCCAUAGAAAAUCGUACCUUCUUCCUCUUGGGAGCCUGCAUGGGGCCCUGCAGGGCCUCGCCCUCAGGGGGUCCUGGGGUCCCUUCAGAGGGCUGCUCUCUGGGCUUCUCUUGGGGUCCCCCAGGAGGAACCAUCACCUCUGUCCCCACAGUGUCAGACCCUGCUUGGGGGACAGGGGCCCAGGAGGGCUCAGCAGCACUGGCUCUGGGGGCAGGUGUGGAUACAGGUGCUUCAGACUGAGCCUUGGAAACAGAGUGCGGCAGAGCUGUGCACGGCAGGGCCACAGAGACAAGAGUAGGGGAAUCCACCGCUGCUGCAUGCAGGUCCACACACACUCUUGGUGUGGAGACAGGUGUAGAUCCAGUCUGGACACGCUGAGGCUCAGAGGCAGAUGUAGACAUGGCCGUGUCAGGUUGAGGCUUGGAGGCAGGUGUAGAUAAAGCCUCAUCAGGUUGGAGUUUGGAGGCAGGUGUAGAAAAAUCCAUGUUGGGUAGACUUUCAGAGGGAGAUGUAGAUGAAGCCAUGUUGGGUUGAGGCUUGCAUGCAGGUGUAGACAAAGUCACAUCAGACUGAGGUUUGGAGGCAGGCACAGACAAAGCCACAUUGGGUUGAGACUCAGAGGCAGGCACAGACAGACCCACGUUGGGUGGAGGUGCAGAGGCAGGUGUAGAUGAAGCCAUGUCAGACUGAGAUUUGGAGGCAGGUGUAGAGAAAGCCACAUCAGGUUGAGGCUCAGAGUCAAGCACACACAGAUUCGUGUUGGGUUGAAUCUUGCAAGCAGGUAUAGACAGACCCAUGUCAAUUUGAGGCUUGGAGGCAGGUGUAGACAGAGCCACAUCUGGCUUAGCUGGGGAGACAUUUGGGUGAGUUUCCUGAACAGAUGUGGAUACCGUGGGUAGCUCAGCUCUAGGAGUUAUUCUGGUCUGGUCUGUACCUUGCUCAGUGACAGGCACAGGUGUACACAGACCCCAGCCUGGCCCUGGACUGGCAGCAUGCUCAGGGGGACAAACACUCAGCUCCGGAGCACCUGCAGAGUCUGGCUCCAGUGUGUCCUGCUGGGCUCCUGCUGUCAGCUUUGCUGCCGCAGCCACAAACCCCUUGCCCUUGGACCCAGCCAGGCCAGUGCCCUCCUCAGGCCUGGUCUCAGUGGGCAGCAGGGAGCCCAGAUGGGCAACAGCAGGGCCUGGGGCUCCUGAGCGCCCUCCCCCCUUUGCGCCCACAGUACGUCUCUUCUUGCGCCCAGGGCUCCGUGCUGGGGCUCCAGGGCUGUCGGGGGGUUUCUGGGAGGUGGGGCUGAAGCCAGGAGACUCGGGACUCCGAGGGGGCUCACCAGGGGGGCAGGGGGCCGGGCCCUGCAGGAGCCUCUGCAUCUCCUUUCUGGAAGCUGCUGACCGUGGGAGGACUGAGCACUGACCGGGAGGGGCAGCACCUGAGCCAAGGGACAGAAGAGCUUCUGACUGUGCGGACGUGCCGGCUGCCUGCUGACCAGGUCCCAGAGCCAGGACAGGCUCACCCUGAGACCUUCUGACCAGCUGUCCUGUGGCCACGGCGUCCUCCUCUUCACAGCUCUGACAGCCCCUCCUCCUGGGAGCAAGCUGCCCAGUAAGAAGGGGUGGGGGCCCAGGGGGGCUGCUGCCACUGCUGUCCCCUUGGUCAAUAUCACUGGACAAGAGCUCAUCUCCAGAGGCUAGGCCAGCCUGCAGGAGACCACACUCAUCAGCAGUGGCAGAGAACUCAGCCCAGUCCUGGUCACUGAGCUGGACGCUGUACUGGAAGUUGUCCAUCAUGGGUCAACAGAGGUGCUGGAGAGGCAGCAGAACUUGGGGCUGGGUGGAGUCUUCACAGGUCCAGGCUCUGGGCACUAAUCUGCUCACCUGGCUACCACCCCACCCACCCCAGGGGUGCCCCCCAUCUCCUUGGUACACCAUCUCCACCCUGAAAGAAAGCAAAAACCUUUCUUCUGAAUUAAAAAAAUCCUCGGCUC